CUCUUGUCUAAAUCUGGUUCUAUUAUAAAUUCUACUUCCAUUUUCAAUCCCAAUCUCAUCUACUAUUCCAUAAUUAUGAUAGACCUAAACCAGUUUUCCUCCUUCUUCAUCCCUCUCACAGUGGCAGCUUUGGCACUAAUAUCCGCCAUAUUCAUCCUCAGAUUCAAUGUCAAAAGAUCUUCUCCGAAGACUAAAAAGUAUCACCCAAUCGCCACCUCUCCUCUGAACCAAGUUCUAAAUUAUCACAGACUCUUUGACUUACUGACUGACCUUUCACGUCAGUAUAAAACUUACAGAUUGUCAUCUUUCUCCAGAAAUGAGAUUUUCACCACCGACCCUGCCAUUGUUGAGUACAUCCUCAAGACAAACUUUCCAAACUAUGGCAAGGGUUUGUACGCAUAUAACAUUUUUAAUGACUUACUCGGUGAUGGGAUCUUCGCGGUGGAUGGAGACAAGUGGAAACAUCAAAGGAAACUAGCGAGUUAUGAAUUCUCUACCAAGAUACUGAGGGACUUCAGCAGUGGUGUCUUCAAAGGCACUGCUGUAAAGCUUGCUCGAAUAUUAUCUGAAAUUUCAGCAUCAAACCAAUCGUUGGACAUGCAAAAUCUCUUCAUGACAGCUACCUUAGACUCAGUAUUUAAAGUCAUAUUGGGUAUUGACUUAGAUGGUUUGUCUGGAACGUAUGAAGAAGGCGCUCGAUUCACUGCUGCUUUUGAUACUGCAAAUGGAAUUACUUCAUAUCGAUUUGUUGAUUUCUUUUGGAAGAUUAAGCGGUUCCUGAACAUCGGAUCAGAGGCUAAAUUGAGAAGAAGUAUCAAAGUAAUUGAUGAAUUUGUAUACAAAUUAAUCAAAAGCAAAAUUGAGAAACUCAAUAAUCCGCAUGAUGAUUUACAACCUGUAACAACUCCUACCCUCUGCAUUUUAUUUGACGUUUUAGUAACAUUUGUAGGAUUUGCUAACAAUUUCAUAUUACAGGGGAAGAAAGAGGACAUUCUAUCAAGGUUUUUGGAACUGAAAGAAACCGAUCCAAAAUACUUACGGGACAUUGUUCUCAAUUUUGUAAUUGCUGGCAAAGACACCACCGCCACCACUCUUUCUUGGUUUUUUUACUUUCUUUGUAAGCACCCUGACAUACAGGAAAAGAUUGCCAAGGAAAUAUUAGAAGCAACCAAAGUGAGAAGUAAUUCAAGCAUUGAGGAACUGGCAGCCAAAGUAAAUGAAGAAACCCUUGACAAGAUGCACUAUCUCCACGCUGCUUUGUCUGAGACACUCAGGCUCUAUCCCGCAGUCCCUGUGGAUGGGAAAAUUUGUUUUUCGGACGACACGCUGCCGGAUGGUUUCAAUGUGAAUAAAGGCGAUAUGAUCACAUAUUUAACUUAUGCGAUGGGCAGGACAAAAGAAUUAUGGGGCAAUGAUGUAGAGGAAUUUCGUCCAGAGAGAUGGCUCAAUGAAAAUGGCCAUUUCCAGCCGAGAAGCCCUUUCAUUUUCACGUCUUUCCAGGCGGGUCCGAGAAUCUGUCUAGGAAAGGAUUUUGCUUACAGGCAGAUGAAAAUUUUCUCGAUGAUUCUACUUGGAAGCUACAAAUUCAAGCUCAAUGAUGAAAGUAAACCAGUCAAGUACAAAACUGCACUCACUCUUCAUAUUGAAGGAGGACUCCAUCUCCGAGUCUUCUCAAGAAACUACAGUUAAUGCUUGAACAUCUUCCUACUGCCUUUGGCAGUUGCCUAAUUGAUCAAAUUCAAGAGUCAAUAAAUAACAUCAUGCAGUAGUGGAGAAAGUUUGUCCAUUUUGUAAUUUGCUCACAGUUUGGCUGUAAGCAUUAAAUUGGGAUUUGGCAACCUAAUAAUAACUUGUAUUAUUAUUAUUUUGAUAA